AUGGCAUCGCACAGUCCGUCGAACCGGGUGCUUAGCUUUUACCGAAACUCCACCAUUCUGCUGACCGGUGGAACCGGAUUCUUGGGGAAGGUUCUGCUCGAGAAAAUCCUGCGCUGCCUCGACGUGCGAAAGGUGUUCCUGCUUAUCCGCACCAAGGAUAAUCAGAAACCGGCGGAACGGCUUGAGCGGCUGCUGAAGGAUGCGGUUUUUGACAGAUUGAGGGCAGAUCCGAACCACUCGACACGGUUGCUGGAGCGGCUGGAAGCGGUCGAGUUCUGCCUUGGAGGUGAAAGCGAAGGGCUGGGAAUAGAGCACGAUACUGAGGAGCGGAUACUGCGCGAAACCGAGAUUGUGUUUAAUGUGCUGGCCUCGGUGAAGUUCAACGAGAGCAUCCGGAAUGCCAUCGCGACUAAUGUUGGCGGUACACGGAAGGUGUUGCUGCUGGCCAAGCGAAUGGUCCGGUUGAAAAGCGUUGUGCACGUGUCGACACUGUACUCGAACUGCGACCGAACGACGAUUGAGGAGCGAGUGUACCGUGAUGUCCCGUUCGGACCUAGCACCGUACUGGAGCUGUCCAGGGUACUGUCCGAGGGUGAGAUGAACUGUUUGCAGCACUGUCUGGUCGGGCGACUCCCAAACACGUACACGUUCAGUAAGCGCUGUGCCGAGGCGCUUAUCGCACAGGACUUCACCGAACUACCCGUCGGCAUCUUCCGGCCACCGAUAGUGCUAUCGACGUACCGGGAACCGUUGGCCGGUUGGACGGACAAUCUGAACGGACCGUCCGGGCUCUGUCUGUGGACGGUGAAGGGAGUCAUACGCGUGAUCCAUGGUGAUGCAGAGAAGAAAGCCAACCUUGUACCGGUGGAUUGCUGCGUGAAUGCGCUGUUGGUGGCCGGUUAUGACGUGGCCGAACGUGCCUCGCAAGGGUCGAUGGACGAGUCCUGCGAACCGGACCAGCUGACAGCCCCGAUUGUGUUCAACUACGUGUACGGUGAGGCUAAUAUUACCUGGGGUCGCUACAUGGACCGUGCGUCGCUCGGUUUUGACGGAUUGCUACACCGGUUAUGGUGGCCCCACUCGUAUGGGAUCGUGGCGAACAGGACGCUGUACCGGUUGGCCGCUUUAUGCUGCCAUACGUUGCCCGCCCAUCUGCUCGAUCUAGUGCGCCGUGUCUGCGGUCGCCGGCCAGUAUUCGCCAAAAUGAUGUCCAAGACGGGCCGGUUUCUGGAAAUGAUGUCCUACUUUGGGCUUCGCGAGUGGCACACUGCCAAUGAAAAUGUGGUGCGUCUCCGGUCACUGCUCAGCCAGGACGAGGCCUCGGUGCUGGAGUUCGAUCUAGCGACGGUCGAUUGGGACGAGUACUUUCGGCACUACAUUCCCGGUCUGCGGCGGUAUGUGGUAGGGGAAACCGGCGAUAAAUCGAAACCCACACCACGCUGGUGUACUGGACCCUGGAAUCGAAGGAUAUACUUUUGGUGCCGGUUGCUAUACAAAGCCUGUUGGAUUUACGUCUGCUUGCGGUUCGCCUCACGGCUUUGCCGAACUUUGCUGCUUCGCCAUUUGUUUUCAAUAUUGAUUUGCUAG